GAUACUCACAGUCACGAUGUUUGCUGCACGUCAACCGUCAUUGUUUUGGUCAAAUGACUUGGAAUACAACAAAGAUAAAGACUUUCUCGGUGCAGGUGGAUUUGGUGAAGUCUAUAAAUGUGUCUUGAGAGAUUCUGGUCAACAAGUUGCCAUAAAGGUCCUCUCCACGCCAACAAGACUGAAGGAAAGUCAGGUAACAACCUUUCUCGACGAAGUGACCAUUCUCCAUCGAUUGACAGAAAGUCCCUACGUCAUUCAAUUACUGGGCUUAUGCACUGAUCCUGGCCAUUACGCAAUUGUAAUGGAAUAUGUAGAGAACGGGGACUUGGAAGAAAUGUUGAUUUCAGACAACAGUAAACAUUCUAAAAUUAGAGAGUGGAGCUGUCGACGGAAGAUGAGUUUGCACAUUGCAAAAGGAAUGGACUUUUUGCACAGUCUCAAACCUCCAAUUAUACACAGAGACUUGAAAACAUCCAAUGUGGUAGUUGAUCGUAAUUAUUGCUGCAAGAUUAUUGAUUUCGGAUUGUCAGUAAUGAGAGAAAUUUCGAAGCAGUCGACAAAACUAUCUAUUAGUAGCUCCAGAAAGACGGGAACCGUAGCAUUUACUGCCCCAGAAGUAUUUUGGAACAGAGUAGACAAGAAACGUGAAUCAAAAAUUGAUGUUUAUUCGUAUUCUAUUAUUCUGUGGCAAAUAAGAGAAAUGAAGCGCAUUUAUGAUGGAUUCGCGGCUGCAGUGAUUCGUGCAAAUGUGAUGGGUAAACAGAGACCUCAUCUGAGUGACAAUGAUCGCAGCGAAGGCUUUCGAGGUAUAAUAAUUCGCUGCUGGAACGAUGAGCCUGACGUCAGGCUAGACUUCAGAGAAAUUAUUACAAUGCUCCAAGGAAUCACAAGACAAACGUGUGCAUCGUGCAGUGAAGACGGUGUACUACGUCGCGACAGUACAGUUACAGCCUUGCAUACUGACAAUGCUAUCGAUAGCAUUUCCAUUCAAUCAGACGCUCAUACAAAUGCUACAUCAUUAGCAUCAAUCGUGCCCAAUUGUCAGUCUGCAGAAACAUUGAUUUUAGAAUCAACUUCUUUAAAUCCUACUGCCCCUCCUUUUAAUCCAGUACUACGUUCAGUGUCAGAUGAAAAGAAAACUGACAGACAGAGGGUGAUUUCAAGCUCUAAGAAUGUGGGAAAUAACACAUGGAGAGCUAGACAGUUCCAGAAGAGCAUAUUAGUAAUAGACACGGAGCGACACGGAGAGAGUGCUUUAGUGACUUUAACUCCACAAAAGACAUGGCACCUUCCUCGCUCAUACAAGGUUUCAAGAGUUUAUCGAAUUACAGGAAUAAAAGAGAGCAACACGGAACUACAAUGGUCAGCAAAGCCUCUACAUCUUACUGAUGUAGUGGAUGCUGCGAAAGAGGUUUUAACUGCUAUACGGCGCGAAGCAGAUGAAGCAAGCACACACAAUUUACGAACGGACAUCUGGGUACAACUCGGGAGGCAACUUGUUUUCGAUGUGAAUGAUAGUGUGGUCGAUCACAGUUAUUCUAUUGAGAGUGUGGUAUCAAAUAUAAAUAUGGAAUACAAAAAACAACAACUUGGCAAAUGGAGGUACGAUUUUGAAGUAGGAUUGCAAGAACUAGAUGUCUCUCCUUUGUACCGGUUUCUUACUACGCAAGCUAAUGAGAUACGUUCGAGUACACGUCACGACGUGAAGGUUAAAACUCCGUCAAAUCGAGUUCGUCGUUUCCAAGUGCGGAUACCUGAAGACCAGAAAGAUGGCACAGACUCAAAAACUGUAGGCGUCGAUUGCUCGCAGACAUCUCUUGAAGAUGUUGAAAAGGCUGUCAUUUUUCCAUAUGACCACAGAUUGAAAGCAGACGUCUCCAUGCCAUAUAGUCCAUUUGACUGUCGUUUAUUUGUCAGAACAGCUGUAGGCGUUACCGAUUACAGCAAAGAAGAAAGUGAAGAAGACGCUAUUUUAAGUCGCAAUUACUUCGAGAAAAUCGUCAUUGAUGGCAAAGACUUAUUACUUCCACCAAAGAAGUUGCUACCUUUUAGAUAUCACUUACUAGACCACAGAAAGCGUGAACAACAAACUUACCGAUAUCGAAGUUUUGAGUUGACUGUCACAAAAGAAAAAGUAAUAGGUGGUGUACAAGAGAAGAGACCGCAAAAACUUGAUGUUCACAUUUACGGCCUUGAAUGUGAUUCUGUAUUACAACGAAAUGAAGGACGAGACUGGAAACCUGACGACGUGCUCCUGUUUAUUCGAGAAAUGUUGAAUUGCGCAAAGACCAUCAGUUACAGUUUCUUGUAGAAAAGAAGUCCUACGUGAACAGAUACUUUGUCUAGAAACAAAAAGCUAUAAUACGCUAAUUUUUCGGCAUUCAUUGACAUGUGAAAGUUUUGUUUAGCUGAAAAGUGUACACUUCAUUGUCAUGACUUUUUCUACAACAGCUACGUGCAGCUUUAUUUGUACUCGCCGUCUUAACAGAUUUCAUACCUUUAUACCUACAUGUAUGCCAGUCUUCUAGGCAUAAAUUUUGCAUUGCUGCCGAAAAUCCUUAAUGCAUAAUUUCGAUUACAACUAAGCAUCGUGGUUCGGUAUGCUCUCUUCUAAAAGAAAAUUCUCUACAGAAAUUCUC